UUUAUUUAUUUAUUUAUUCAUUCAGUUAUUCAAUAAUGUUUUCAUGUAUUUGUGGGUUUGUAAUUUUAAGAAUAAUGACGUUAUCAUGACAACAUGUAGAGCGACUUCAUGAACAGGAAUAACAGUGACAUCAUGACUCCAGGAAAACAGCUCCACCCAGUGGAGAUGUGUGGUAAUAACCAGAACCUUCCUGAAGACUCUGGACCUCCUCCAGAUAGAAUAUAAAGCUGGGACAGUCCCACUGCCGAGACAGAAAGCAACACAGAACAGAACAGACACCUGAACAGAGUUUCAUCUCAAAACAAGAGGACUCACCACUAAACACACUGAAGAUGCUGCGCUCUCCUGGAUUCCAGUCUGCCCUCAGUCCAUUCAUGGAUUUCUACUGGCCUGUACGCAGUCUGUGGCCAGAGGUCAGACCUCUGCUCUACCAGCAGGAUCUCCUGCAGAGAAACCUGCAGGAUCUGCACAGUCGUCUGGAGAUGAUGGACAAAUUUCAAGGCAACAUCCUGGAGAAGACGGAGCCUUUCCAGAGCAGCGUGGCCCUGCAACCAGUCUCCUACCUGCUGGAGAAAGAGGGAGAGCACUUUGGCCUGAUCCUGGACACGAGAGGCUUUUCCCCAGAGGAGCUGUCUGUCAGGCAGGUGGGCAGGAAGCUGAGAGUCAGUGGGAAGACGGAGAAGAAGCAGGAGGACGAGAAAGGCUCCUACUCUUACAGACUCCAGGAGUUCAGACAGGAGGUUGAUCUGCCUGAAGGGACCAACCCUGAAGACGUCUCCUGCUGCCUGUUUCCAGACGGAAAGCUCCACAUCCAGGCAGCCAAAGCUCCACGUGUUGAGGAGGCUGAGAGAGAGCUGACUAUCAAGAGGAGCUCAGAGGAGGAAACACAGCAGAGUGUGUGUUCACAGGCAGAAGAGACCAGAGAGGAGACACACAACAGAUCAUAGAAGGAAGCUGAAGACAUGGACUGAUAUACAUGAUGUUGUACUAAUGCUUUAUAUUGAUGAAUGAUGACUGUGAUUUAAUGUAUUUAAACGCAGAAACUUUUUCACUGUUUUCCACAAAGAAGUAAAAGUUCAGCUUUCAGAGUCAGACUGACAAACAUGUAAAUGUGCCAUAAAGAAAUGUUUUAUAUUGAUGGAAGACAAUUAUAUUUACUAU